AUGCUGCCCCUCACGCUCUGGAUCAUGCUUGCGAAGCUCUUUGGGCCAAUGAUACUGGCCGUCUAUGCCUUCGAACGGACAGGCAUACGAGCCUCGAAACUCGAGAUUACUCUCGUUGCACUGGCGACGAGCUACGUAGCUGGGAGCAUCUUCAUGCUCGUCGAUGACAUCACAGAGUACUUCCUUGCGCGCAAGAUGAACGCGACUCCGGUCAAGCGGUACUACACUUGGUGGCCGGGUUCGAUUGAUUUCGUCUAUGCCUGCACGACCAAACUCCGCGGAACGCCUGCAGCGCCGCUCGAUCACGCUCUCGUUACCACGCUUGGCAAGACAAAUGGGAUCAUCCGCUUCAGAGCAAUGGGUCGCGAUGUCUACUACACGGACAACACGACAGCGAUCGGCGCCAUCCUCGCCAAGUCAUUCGAUCAUUACACGAAGGGCGAGGACUUCAAGCGCGCGUUUGGAGACUUCCUCGGCAAUGGCAUCUUCUCCUCUGAUCAGUCUGACAACUGGUGGGCCUGGCACCGCAAGUCGACCAAGCCGUUCUUUGCCAAAUCUCGCCUUUCAGACUUUACCACAUUUGAGAGCCAUACAAAGCAUCUGCUGAGCGCGAUUGACCAUGCACCCUCUGAUGAGAUCGACAUUCAGGAUCUGUUCGGUCGCUUCACGCUGGACGCAGGAGUCGAAUUUCUGUUUGGCUACAAUCUUGAUAGUAUGGGCGAGGCCUAUACACCUACGUCGCAUGCCCAAUCCAGCUCUUUCUUGCGGGCCUUUAACGAAGCCCAGGAGGCAUCUAGCACUCGCGUACUCCAAGGGGACACCUUCUUGCUCACAGAGGCCUUUCACAAUCCCAUGAAGGCGCCCAUGGCCGUCAUCCGGCCUUUGCUCGAUCGCGUCGUCGACGCUGCGCUCGCUCGUCGCAAGAGCGCAGAUCUAUCUGCGGAAGAGGCCAAGAUUGCCACCGAACAUGCUACUUUGCUUGACUAUCUGCUCGAUAUCACAGAAGAUAAGACACUCAUCAGAAGCGAACUGCUCAACAUCCUACUGGCCGCUCGCGAUACAACGGCGUCAUUGCUCACUUCAGUCUGUUACGAACUGGCAAACCAUCCCGAAGCCCUUAAGCGUCUUCGGGAAGAGAUAGCAGAGCUGCCCGCUGCUGGCGUAGAACUCUCAUACGAACAGAUCACGCCACUGCGUUACCUCCGUGCUGUCCUUAACGAGACACUCCGGCUGUAUCCUUCUGUACCCCUCAAUGUCAGAUUCGCUCGUCACGACAACGUCAUCGAGCAUGAGGGUCAACGACUCUUCAUCAGAGGCGGUACCCGCUUCAAUUACUCUACCUGGCGCAUGCAGCGCUGCCCGGAGCUGUGGGGUGACGAUGCGGAAGAAUGGAAGCCAGAGCGUUGGCUCGAUGAGCGUAUCAAGGUCAUCAGCAAGUUCCCUCAUGCUUUCGUGCCUUUCUCCGCUGGUCCUCGUCUUUGCAUCGGUCAAAACUAUGCUUACCAGGAAUCAUCAUACUGUCUCAUCCGACUGCUGCAAAAGUACCAAGGCAUUUCGCUUACUCGCCAGCAGCGGUUCAUGAGCUGUAUCACUCUUCAGUGGCGUGCGCCUAAUGAUGCCGAUAUGAUCACAGGCAACUUCCCAGCCGUCGAUGAUCGUCAUCUUUACGUUCGUCUCACAAAAGCCAAGUCGGCACAGCAGUAA